AAUUUGAAGCAAGUUACAUUCGUAGAUAUCUCAGCAAACAAGUUUGCCAGUGUCCCGAUCUGUGUCCUGCGGAUGUCUAAUUUGCAGUGGUUGGAUAUCAGCAACAAUAACCUGAAUGACCUGCCACAAGAUAUAGACAGGCUAGAAGAACUGCAGAGCUUUCUCUUGUAUAAAAACAAGCUGACCUACCUUCCUUACGCCUUGCUUAACCUAAAGAAGCUCACCUUGUUAGUCGUCAGUGGGGACCAUUUGGUGGAGCUCCCAACUGCCCUCUGUGACUCAUCCACACCUUUAAAAUUUGUAAACCUUAUGGACAAUCCUAUUGAUAAUACUCAAUGUCAAGAUGUUGACGAAAUGAUGGAAAAUGAACGGGAUCGCCAACAUUUUGAUAAAGAAGUUAUGAAAGCCUAUAUUGAAGAUCUCAAAGAAAGAGAAUCAGUUCCCAGCUAUACCACCAAGGUAUCAUUUAGCCUUCAACUUUGAUGUCAUCCAUCAGAAGACUGCAAAAUCUCAUUAUCUUGUGGAGCUUUAAAUCUUUGUGCUAUGGAUCAUGUCAUAUAGGAUUAAUGGCUUACACUUAAGGACACAGUCUAGAAACUGCUGUCACAGUUGUUAAGAAAAAUGAUUUUCAAAUUUCAAAGCUAUGAAUACCUCCGUCCAUGGGCUAGAGAAGUGAUGUUAGUUUAUAUAUUGAUAUUUAUAGCUUCAUUUGCAUAUACUUGUUUCCAAAUAAUGCAUGUUUAAUAUUUUAGAGAAUUUAUUAUUUUAAAAAAUUAUAACUUAAAGACCAAA